CUACAUAGAGGAAACGGGUGUACAUACGAGUCAUACCAAGCAUAGCCUGCGUGUCAGUGCAGUCUACUUACAGCGGGCUGUGAGGAGAACUGGCGCGACCCUUUUGUCCCAAAAUACGUAGUUUCUAAACCCUUUUUAAGUUGUUGAAGAGUUUUAAACUUUACGGGGAACCAUUUAGAUCCAUACUUUUAGUCGAAAAGGCUCAACCCUUGAGGGGUUGAAAUUUUGUUUUGCUCUGAGAAAAGUUAAAGGCUGGGCCUUUAGCUGUGGAAGUUGAAUUCUCGGAAAAAAAAAACUGACCGGUCGCACCAUUUCUCACACUGCCUUGGUUGGAAGCAAACAAGCUGGUCUUUUUGCUAAACCAAUAAAUGCUUCUUACGAAAAUGGACCUGUUGAACUACCAGUACCUGGACAAGAUGAACAACAACAUUGGCAUACUUUGCUACGAAGGUGAAGCCGCUCUGAGAGGCGAGCCCAGGAUGCAGUCCAUGACGUCCGCCGUCACCAACCACAGGACCGGGCCCCCUCCCAUCAGCCCCAGCAAGCGCAAGCACAGCGGGGACCAAGUCGAGGAGGACAUCGACUACGACAACGAGCACGUGGCCAAAAUGAGCCGAUUGUUUGCCACACAGCUUGGUAAGCCUGCCAACGGGGACUACCGCAAAGACCCCCGGGAUCGCAGCCGCAGCCCCAUCGAGCGUGCCGCCGCCCCUACCAUGAGUCUCCACGGCAACCACCUCUACGCCCACAUGCCCAGCUUGGCCAUGGACCAGCCCCUCGCACUGACCAAAAACAGCAUGGAUGCCGCCCGCACAGUUGCCAUCUCCCCCGCUGUAGGCCCCAUCGAGCGCCAGCAGAAUCGUCCCUCUGUGAUCACUUGUGCCCCAGCGAACAACCGUAACUGUAACCUGUCUCACUGCCCCGUUUCACACAAUGGCUGCACCUCCAGCCUGCCUUCGAACUACAGGAGACCAUCCAACACCAACACAGCUUGCGACCCGGUGAUCGAGGAACACUUCCGCCGCAGCCUGGGGAAGAACUACAAGGAGCCGGAGCCCGUGACAAACUCUGUGUCCAUCACGGGCUCGGUGGACGACCACUUCGCCAAGGCACUGGGCGAGACCUGGCUGCAGAUCAAGGCCAAAGGCAGCGGGUCCGGCAGCCCGGAGUCAUCCCCCUCCAGCCACAUGGUCAACCACAAUCACUCCCCUUCCGUGGUCUCCUGAAGAGGGGGGGACCAGCUACCCUUCCUUCCACUCUCAACGCCAUGCAUGAUUCAGCUGGGCUUGGAACAGUGCUAGUAUAUAGCCAUGUACAUACAGAAGGAGGGAGGGAGGGAAUGUUUUCUUUGUUUUUUUUUUUUUUGGUUCUGUUUUUUUUUUCCUCGUUUGUUUAAGUAUCUUUGCGUACUUUGCUUGGCAUUUGCAUUAUUGGAUGCCCAAAAUAAUAAGAUAAACUAGCAGGAACUAUUUUAUUAGGAGUUUUAUCACAUAGCAUCCUAACCACCUGCCUCAGUUACCAAAGAAACCUCUGAUGCAAAUCUGUUGCCCCUUUAAAGAAUAAGCCAUUCAUUCAGAGCUUUUCCCCCCCACCCUUUUCUCUCAGCUUUUCUUACCUGUAGACUGUGGUUUACUUUCUUUCCUUGAUUCUAUCCUGUUUUGUAUGUUUUUACUUGAAAAGGAAGGCCCGGUCUGAAUUGCACUACUGGAUGAGGGGUUGAGGUUGCAUGUCAACUUCACGUUGGUUGUACAAUGCUUUUUGUUUUUUUUUUUUUUUCAUGUAUUUUGAGGGCAAACUGCUGACAACAAAUGGUUAAAGUGAUGUUGCAUCUCGAUUCAAGAAGGCAAGGAAAGAUUUGGGGCAAGGGAAAGUCUCUUACUGGUAUUAGGUCUUUCUGUCUCUCCUUCAGACAGUUUUUUUUUUUCAAUGGUAGGUGCUCACAACUGGACUGUCAUUUUCUAAACAUGGGCAUUUAAUUGUUUUGUAGUUUGUUUCCCAAGCACUGUGGUUUGCUAGAAUAGAAAAGGUUUGAAGGGUAAAAUAGUGCUUACAGAUGCAUGUUUUAAAUAGCUGGUAUCUAUUAAUGUGUAGACAUUUCAAUCUUAAUACUAUUAGCCUUUCUUCAGAUUUAGUUUAUUUUUGUCAGUAACAGUCCUAGAUAUACUUACUGCUGGUACAGUUGUACUCAAUAUUUUUUUUAUUCGAUAUUCAUUAUGGUAGCAGCCAGCAACAGAGGACAGCCUCCGGACAGGCCUUCUAUAUAUAUAAACAGUUUGAUUUAUAUAAUGUUAAUCCGUGGUACAGGAUGCUAUAGCUUUUUUUUGCAUGACUGAAUAAGAUAAACAUUUACAGCUGUAGACUGGUUGACUAUCUCCCUAAUAAUGUCAAGACGUAUUUUUAUUUUCAUAUAUUGUUUCAUCUACUACUUUUACCAACUUUGCAUUGUAGCAGAUUGGCUGCAGCUUGUGAAACUGAAUUUUUUUUUUUUUAAUUCAUCAACCUGUACCAAGGCAACAUACAUUCCUCCUAUAGGGAACUUUGUACAGGUAUUGCAUUUUUCUCUCAAUAUCAAUAGCUACUAACAAGAAACUAAGAUGGAAGCGGUGGCGGAACGGUGGGAGGGCUUGGACUAAAGUACCGCUCAUCUUAAGCUUGUCUUCACUAGAGCUCAUAUGCCCUUACAUUCCAUCAUCAUCAAUCAUUGGACUCCUUAAACUUAAAGCGAUGACAUAGAUUCUCAAAAGCAGAAGCUAGCUGCCAGACAGCUGCCAUUCAAAAUGAGUAUCCGAAUAGAGACAAAAAAAAAAAGGAAAUCUUUCAAAAGUACACCACAGAUAUGUUUUUACUUAUCUGUAAAUGCAAAUUCACGCAUGAAAACAAAAAAGUACUUUACAGUAGGCCAUGGUAACUUCCUCCAUAAAUAGGCAUGAAUACAGAGGGGAAAGGGCGUAGUGUCCCGAGGUCAUUAUAUACACAUUUCACUACCAUUUUACUAGGUAGGAAACACACUUUCUGCUUCGGCAUACAAUAUCCUACACACUGUAGGAAAAUCACUUAAUAAAAAUACUUUUUUAUAUAGGUAACUAUAAGACCAUCAUUACGCUGUGCGUAACGAAUGUACAGAGAAAAAAAUCGUAGGUAUUUUUUGAGGAACAAUUAAUUUGUUAAUGAUAUGUAGCUAUUUAAUUUUCCCUGUC